AUGUGGUGGUUCUUCAGCGUCAUCCUGGGCACCGCCUUUCUGUUCAGCAUCGUUCUAUCGAUACCCGUGGCUUUCGAUGUGGGCGGACGUGACAGCGGCUUGGCGUACAGCUUAUCGCUGUUCCUAUACUAUCUUUUCUACUCGAUAGUCAAGUUCCUGACUCCCGAAGGCUCCCGUAUCCGCUGGACGGUAUCGACAGUUCUACGCCUUUCGCAAUGGAUCAUCAUCCCUGCGCUGCUGAUUUGGUCGCUGGGACAGUUUGCAGUCGAUGCGGGUAGUACAAACUGGGUUGAGAGGACCUUGGGCGGGCUUCUCCAGUCCAAAAGUACAAGUUGGACGGAGUGGGUGUUUGGAAAGGAUGGCGUGGUCGAGACACUCAUGCUCGGCAGCUGGGAGAACACUUUACGCUAUUCAGGGCCCGUGUUCCAGCUCCUUGAAGGAUUUUGCACGCUCUUGGUCAUUCAAUCACUUGGGCAGCUCACCAGGUGGCUCGUGAAUAGUGGACGCAGCGACUCGUGGCUUAUCAUCUUACUGGCUUUCUCGGGCUCCGUGAUUGCGAGCUCUGUCUACUUCCUCUGGAGGGUGGCGCAAUUUCCUGAAAUCAACAACUUCGAUGCCAUCCUCAUUGGAGUAGCCAUGACGACCGCCAUCUUCCUAUGCGUAUAUGGCAUCGGCAGUGGUCGAGGCAGCCCCGUCGAGUCGUCACUUCUAUUUGCCUACGUCGUGCUCUGCGUCUACCAGAUCUUCACAGAUUACCUGCCCUCUGAUGGCGCACAGCAUGGGGAGGACCAAGCGGCAACACAACCUGAUAUCCCACCUUUGCCACCUAUCAUCAUGGCUUCUUACUCGACACUGCUGCACAUUCUGGGCUCGCUACCGCAGGCGAUACACUCGUCCUUGGCCCUGCUACUGGCGGCAUUCCAGACGAUCACACCGUCGGUGAUGAUUUCAUUAACAUAUCGCCUGCUCGUAUUCUACUGCGCUACUCGCAUCAUCCCGUCUGUCAAGGAUCUGGGAGCCAAGGUCUACAUGCACGACGCUGAUUGGGACGACUCGGAGACUGCCACCAAGGUCCUUAGCCUCCUCAGCUGGCUCUCGCCUUCCAUCAUGAUUGCUGUAUAUACCAGUCUUCUGCUGCAGCAUUUCUCGACCAGCGACAGCGAGGACGGUUGGUCGUUACGAGAAGGCGAUGUCGGCGGUAGCACUUGGAGGUGGGUCAAUGUUGGACUGACAAUGACUCUAUAUGGUGUUGAGCUGCUGUUGGGAUCGGACGAGAACGAUCAUUGGAAGGUUGACUAA